UCUCUUGUUAAGCCCCCUCCAUCACCAGUCACUACCACCAUUGCCAAUACACUAGCAUGACGAAGCUACUCUGUGUUGUUCUUGUCUCAAGCCUUCUUCUAGCCACUCUCGCAGGUGCUUCUUCAUCUUCUCUUAUGCCCUCCCUCGGCAGGCAUCAAGCACAAGUUCUAGGCCGGAAAGGCAGAGACCUUGGCCAGUUAGGAUACCAUCACCAGCAUCAAACCAAGCACAUGCAGCAGCAUGAGGGAAUGGCUAUGGAGGUGGAGAAGCCUGCGGAGACGACGGCCGGUUGGACGGUGGAUCAUGGUGACGACGCCAAGGAUGGGCUGAUCUACAGCGCGGACUACAGCGGGGUGGCCAUGCAUGCCGGCUCUCCACCGACGCCCAAGCCCAAGCACAGGCACCCCAAACCGUAGGACAUCCGAAAUCCGAUCGCGUUCGUCCAUGACCUUAUCCUCGUGUAGUAAAUGGUGUUCUUAAUCUUGUGUGUUUUAUCAUGGGAUUGUACCAUCCGUUCCGUCUCUGUAAAAUAGGCUCUGCUGUUGCUCC